GUCGUGUGUGAGUGUGACACGCAGCGGAAGUGGAGCCAUUGCUGUGUGUCGUGGCUGUGAUCUGAGAGUAUCUUCACUCAACUCUGCUCUAAUACUCACCCGUUCAGCAGCAUAGGAAAGAGCCGACCCAUCCGUUUACACACCCGAGAAUUCCGACGGCCUGGAUAUGUCCUUCAUAUUUGACUGGAUUUAUAGUGGUUUCAGUAGCGUUCUACAGUUCUUGGGGCUGUACAAGAAGUCUGGCAAACUAGUAUUUCUUGGCCUAGACAAUGCUGGCAAAACGACUUUACUUCAUAUGCUUAAGGAUGACAGACUGGGUCAGCAUGUGCCAACCUUACAUCCCACCUCAGAAGAGCUGACAAUUGCUGGCAUGACCUUCACCACCUUUGACCUGGGUGGUCACGCUCAGGCUCGACGGGUCUGGAAGAACUACCUCCCUGCCAUCAACGGCAUUGUCUUCCUCGUUGACUGCAUAGAUCACGACAGGCUGCCCGAAUCCAAAACAGAACUCGACGCACUCAUGACAGAUGAAACCAUUGGAAAUGUGCCAAUCUUGAUUCUUGGCAACAAAAUUGACAAACCGGAAGCCAUCAGUGAGGAGCAGCUGCGGGAGGUCUUCGGACUCUACGGUCAGACGACGGGCAAGGGCAACAUUCCUCUGAAAGAGCUGAACACAAGACCGCUGGAGGUGUUCAUGUGCAGCGUGCUGAAGAGACAGGGUUACGGCGAGGGUUUCCGCUGGCUCUCGCAGUACAUUGACUAGAGAGAGAGAGAGAGAGAGAUGUCUAACAGCACCACACUCAGCCCACAUACAGCCUGCCUUCACUCUCAGAAAAACUCCAAUGGACUGUUAACGUUCAUGAGUUCAACAUGAUCAACUCUUUUCUCACUUUAUUUCUUAUGAAAAUAACAAACUAGCAGUGAUUCUGAAAAUGUGGUAAAUCCAAAACCAUCAAUCUUUGCAUUUUCGUCUAUUCUCUCUAUAAUUUGGUGUUUUUUUUUUUCAUUCACCCAUUCCUGUUUUGACCGUUGGAACGGUAAAAAUACUGCAGCAACUGUAGACGAUGCUACACGUUAAGUUCCAAAAGAUUCAUAAGAACUGUCCACAGGUCAUUUUCAUCACAACUUGCAACAUGAAGUGCUUGAACUCAUUUUCUGUCAUGUGUGGCCACAGUCCUCAGGCUUAAAGAUGAUGAUGUGACUGUCUGUGCCAAGAGUCUAUCAGUGUGGUCAUCCUCCGUUGCAUAUCUGUUUUUGUUUCAACAACUUUGCUGUACUGCCUCAUUGAGAAGGUCGCUCGAGGUCUCCUGAAAUUCAUCCACCAAGAGUUUGCGCUUUAUUUAUGGCUUGGAAUCUAAGAUAGAGAUGGCAAUAAACCACAACCUUACGGAAAAGAAUAUCAACACUGAGCACGAGUUGUCUGAGCGAGGGGGCAGCACACCUUUGACACAAAAACCUAUAGAUUCUUAUAUUUAACUGCUAACCGAUAAUAAUCAUAGCGAGAAGCGGAAGAUCUAGUUGAUGCAAAAAUAUAUCUUGACAACAGCCUACGGUGCAGGGUGAGCGGUGGAGACGCAUCAUCGAUGAGACAACCAUAUGUAAUUUAUAUAAAUGCCAUACAUAGAUUUUUUGUUUCGUUUUAAAGAUGUCCUAUAUGGUUCUUAAUUUCAAUGUGGAUUUCAAUAUUAUGCAUGCCUUGUUCCAUCUUUUGUUUUAUUAGGUUUUUUUUAAUAAACAAAUCACAGGCUAAACGUAAAGACAUGCAGAACGUGAUGAAACGCGAAGGGUAGAGUCUUGGUCCUAUUCUAUAGAGUUGCAGUGGAAUGGCACAUACAUCAAUGCAUUUUACUUUCCUGUCCUCCAUCUGUCAUUCCAUGAGCUGUUCCAUUUAUGAAAGAUAGCCUACUGUUGUCGCAUCAUAAAUUGUAAUAAAUGUUUGCAAUGAAAACGAGCCAUGAUCAGCUCAGACUUUUUGAAAUGAACUAAAGUUCCGUGUAACAAUGUCUGUAAAGGGUUUGACACCUUGAAUAAAAUGACUCAUUUUUCUGGA